UGUAAUUAACCUACGUAAUUCAGAGUGUGUUUGUUUUGUGUGUAAAACAAAUUAAUAUCAAAUAAAUUAUUUAGUGAUGGCUUUUUGUAUAAACAAAAAACGUGCCGAGACUAAAUGGUCCCGGUAUAUGAUCUUGUUUAUUGUUACGCUGGGCUUAUUACUGGAUAGUAUGCUCGUAACGUCAAUAGGCAAUGUUAUGGCCAUAGCGUUGAGUGGGCUGGCGUUGGGUCUAUUAGCCGGUCCCCCAUUUGGCGGCGUUAUGUACGAGUUUGUAGGCAAGAGUUCGCCAUUUUUUGUGCUAGCUGGUUUGGCACUAUUCGACGGCUGCCUACAAACCUGUGUACUAGAUUUGAAAGUGGUAAAAGAAAAGGAGAAAGGUGCGUCGCUAUGGCGACUAAUGCUGGACCCGUAUGUGGCCAUAACUGCCGGUGCCCUGUGUGUGGGCUCCAUAGGCAUAGGUGUGUUGGAGCCCUCUCUCCCCCUAUUUAUGAAGGAGACAAUGCACUCAAAAACAUGGGAACAGGGCAUCGCAUUUUUACCAUCGUCCAUUUCGUACUUGAUCGGGGCUAAUAUUUUUGGCCCGCUCGGCUACUGGCUGGGCAGGUAUAGUCAUUUUCAUUAG